AUGUAACCUCAUCCGGCUGUUCAAAAGUUAGCCUGGCGCUAGCUCUAUCCUCCAGUGUCGUGUUGUAGUUCGGGUUCUGUUUUCUAUUCUGUCGUGAUGCCUUCUGAAAAGCUACGAUGGGAAACUUUACAGGCACUAAAAAAUUCAUCAAAGGCAAAUAUCACAUACGACCCGUACUGGUCGGAAAGGGGAGAGGACAUUCUGGCAGGUUGCAAAGAGGCCCUCAGCUUGUCAUCGCACUCUGGGGUCAUAUUGCAGCGUCUCAACUCCUCGCCCCUGCAGAAGUCCUGCUUCAUGGGCUCCAGCUCCGGAGAGUCCAGUCCUGGCCUCUCUGAGGAGGUGUCCGCCUCAGUUUCCUCUGCAGGAUCCAUCUCUGACAUCAACGCCAAGCACACAGCGCUUUUUGCAGCCCGGCCUUCUAGGACCGAGAGUGAGAAGGCGCUUAGUGAUGAGGCGAUGGAUGGUGACCCAGAGGCAGAUAUCAGCCAAGUUUCCAGUCCUGCAUCACUACCCACCAUUUCCCUGCUGUCACCAAAAGCCACGGAGACGGCAGGCCUGAUUAUAAAAUUUGAGGAGGGAAAACGAGAAAAGGCCAAGAUGGCACUGAAACUGCGGCAGGAAAUGCAGGAGAAGCUGGUGGCGGAGGUGGCGAGCUCUGAGUCUGAGCAGCUGAAACGCUUUGAGGAGUUUAUGGAGCUGAAGCAGAGGCAGGAGUACCAGACCAUGAGGGACAUGAUGGACAGAGAAACUAAAGAGAGCAUCGGCCGUCAGGAGAAGCUGAAGGAAGAGCAACGACACAGAAUGAAGAUCCUCAACCUGCGGCUGAGAGAGGCCGAGCAGCAGCGUGUGCGUGAAGCAGAGCUCGAACGGCAACGGCAGGCUGAGGGCAGGGAACGACUCCGUAACCUUAACACCAUCCAGGAGGAGAUCCUGCAGCUCAACCAGCUGCUGGAUCCGUCCAGCCAGACCAAAGCUGAUCUCCCAGCAGCUAGCCUCAACUCCUUGAGCACCCGCGGGAACCAGCUGUGCUCCCAGGUGUCUGAAGUGGUGCGAAAGACUGCAGAGGGAGAGUUUCCCAGCGUGGAUGACAUGACCGUGGCCGAGCGAGCCCUUCACGAGAUGCGGGCGCUGAUCAGGCUGAUGCAGGAGGAGGUCGCUAAGACUCAAGAGAGGAAGAAAAAGGAGCAAGAGCAGGAAGAGGAGCACAGGAAGCAGGUGGAGCUGCAGGCACAGCAGGAGGCGCAGAAGAAGGCGGCGCAGUCGGCUAUAGAGAAGGCCAAGAGGAAAGGGCUACAAAACAGUGCUGAAGAGAGCACGCUGAAAUGGUACAAGGAGCUGCAGGAGUCGGCUGCUCAGUGCGCUCAGUCCAUCGAACAACUCAGUACCACAAAAGAUGCUCAGUUAAAGAAGCUGAAGCUGGAGCUCCAGAAAGCUGCCACCAUCCCUGUCAGUCAAAUCUCCAGCAACUCUGGAUCGCAGCUCCGAGAAAUCUUCGACAAGAUUGACAAGCUGCUGUCAGGGCGGGCGGUAGUGUCGGGGGGGAGGUCCGUCUCCACCUCCCACCAUCCACAGGGCCUUGACUUCGUCAGCUAUAAACUAGCUGAGAAGUUUGUGAAACAAGGAGAAGAGGAGGUUGCAUCCCACCACGAAGCUGCCUUUCCUAUUGCUGUCGUGGCCUCUGGCAUCUGGGAGCUGCACCCUCGAGUGGGAGAGUUCAUCCUGGCCCACCUGCACACCAAAUGUCCGUACGCAGUCCCACACUACCCGCCGAUGAAGGAAGGCACAACAGUGGAAGAUUAUCAGAGGAUUCUUGGUUACCGUGUGCACGACACCGGGGUGGAAGGUCAGGACAGUUUCCUGAAGAGGAUGUCUGGGAUGAUUCGUCUCUACGCUGCCAUUAUCCAGCUGAGGUGGCCCUAUGGCUCCAAGCAGGGGUCUGCUCCUCACGGUCUGAACCAUGGCUGGCGCUGGUUGGCUCAGAUGCUCAACAUGGAGCCUCUGGCAGACAUCACGGCUACGCUGCUGUUCGACUUUCUUGAGGUCUGUGGUCACGCUUUGAUGAGGCAGUAUCAGGUUCAGUUCUGGAAGCUCAUCCUGCUCCUUAAAGAUGAAUACUUCCAGAGAAUUGAAGCGGUGACCACCACUGGACAGAUGGGCUCGGUCAUCAGACUCAAACAGUUUCUAGAGACGUCACUGCGGAACCGCCAGAUCGAUCCACCCAAAGGCCAGCUGAGCUCUGGGUUCUGGAGGACGUGAUGGAGGAAGAUGGAUGUUGCUGCAUGAUGUAGUUUAGGACUGAAUAAAGAAGGGAUGUGGUCUGAUACUGGGAAACUGUGCAUUCUGUGGCUGGAGGGAGACGAGGGGGAAAAAAUAUCAAAGCUGCUUCUGGAGAAAGGUGGUUGUCACAUCCGUUUGAGCCAGGAGGAGUCCAGCCUCUGAAUAUAGUCCAGAGUAAAUAUUGAAGAGUUUUGGAAACUGUUUUGGAAGGGCAUUUUUAUUGCUGGAUUCCUUAAGACAAUGGAGGGAGCACUUCUUGAGAGCACCAUCUCACCAACACUUCCAUCCUCCCAACAUCCGUUCAGUCGGUUGUCUGGGUGUCGUCGUUCAAACACUGAAAGUUUUCUGCUUCUUAACAGCUUUAAAAUAUACAGGACUUCAUCAUUUAUGUACUUUUGUAAAGUGCCUGAGGCUGAAUUGUACAAGUUAAGUUCUCCACUGUUUUGUUUAUGUUGUAAUCCUUGUAGGUCUUAAAGCUCUUGUUCACCACAGGAUCACUGCGGUUUUUGUUUUUAUCAAGUCGCUGUUCAAAUCAAAAGCAUGUUGAAUCAUUUUAAAUCUUGCUAUUUAUUGUGUUUUUUCUUUUAUAAAUCCACCAUGUGGAACAAAGAUUUGUAGUCUGAACUGUGAGUGUAAUCAUUGUGAAGGAGACUAUCCCAGAGUUAGAAAUAUGCUGAGAAACACAAAUAUUGUCCUCAUGUUGAAACAGAAAUCUGUCUCAUGCUUCAAAGUGGAACACUGUGCGUUUUGUUCCUGCAGUCAUUUGAGGUGUUUUCUUUAUAUAAUGUAUAACCUCAAUGAAUGUAAUCCAUAAACCAAUUGCCUGAAAUAAAAUCUCAUCAGCAUUUU